GGAGGUCUGACGGCGGCGGUCGGGGCGCGGUCGGGGCGCGGGGGGAGCCGGGGCCGCGGCCGUGGGAGCGCAGGGGCGGCGGGGGCCCCGGGGCAGCGGCGUGGAGCGCGGGCCGCGGGCGCCGCCGUGUCCUCCCGCGCGGGGGCGCACGUUCGGAGGAGCGUGUCGGUGGGGCUGGCUCCCGGCCGCGCGGGGGCGGGCGCGGGCGCGGGGGCGCGGGGUCCUGCCUCCGCCGCGGUCUGGGCGGCGCGCCCCGCCCCGGGCCCCCCACGCUGGCGCGCCGCUUCCCCGCGGAGCUGCCCGCCGCGCCGCGUGCGGGGGGACGUGCGGGGGGACGUGCGGGGGGACGCGCGGGGGCGGGGCGGGGGCUCCCCGCGGAAGCAGCCGCGCGCGCCCGCCCUGAGCGCGUCGUGGCGGGUGUGGAGGGCCCCGCCCCCCGCGGACCCGCAGGACGGAGCUCGGCAUCUUCCGCGCGCCGAGCGCCUUCCAGCGUUUUCACCUGUCAGCGCCGUUUAUUCGUGAGUCGGCUGCGCACCUGCGUGGAGCCCGCCCCGCGGCCUGCACUCACGACCCUGACCUCAGGAGCCGGGUGCUCAAGCAGCCGGGCCACCGGGGCCCCUCCAGCGCCUCUGCAGGCCCCGCUGCCGCGGCGACGUCCCCUGGGCCCCAGCCCUUGCCCCGGACCGGCCCGCCCGGCCGCCGCCGUCACCCCUCCCGCCUGCACCUGCUGCGCGGGCCCAGGACGCGGACGCUCCCAGGAGGGACUUGAGCUCACUUUCCUGAGUUCCCGCGGUGUAGACCAGCGCUGUCCAGCAGGACCUUGUGCGGCGGCUGCUGUCACUGUGGGACGCGGUAUUGGCAUUGUCACAUCCUUACUUAAUGGAGCCAUGGUGCCUUCGAGGCUUCUUUCAGUAGGACCGCGGCCCUUGCUUGGGAGCGUGGGGCACUGGACUCAGGUCAGGCUGCUCUCGGCCAGCUGUGCAGACUGCGCCAAGCACCAGGAGCCCCCUGGGAAGAAACUGCUCUCCGAGAAAAAACUGAAAAAACAUUUUGUGGACCAUCGCCGAGUGCUCGUCCGAGGGGGCCGUGGCGGCGACGGGGCGAGCUGCUUCCACAGUGAGCCCCGGAAGGAGUUCGGAGGCCCCGACGGUGGUGACGGAGGCAACGGUGGCCACGUGGUCCUGAGAGCUGACCAGCAAGUCAAGUCGCUGUCCUCAGUGCUGUCGAGGUACCAGGGUUCCCACGGAGAGGCUGGCGGCAGGAAGAACUGCUCUGGACGGAGCGGCACUCUCCUCUACGUCCUGGUCCCUGUGGGCACAUUAGUGAAGGAGGGAAACAAAGUCGUGGCCGAUCUGUCGUGCCCGGGCGAUGAGUACGUCGCUGCUCUGGGCGGGGCAGGAGGAAAGGGGAACCGCUUUUUCUUGGCCAAUGACAACCGCGCACCCGUGACGUGCACCCCCGGACAGCCCGGGCAGGAACGUGUUCUCUUCCUGGAACUCAAGAUGGUGGCCCACGCUGGGAUGGUUGGGUUUCCCAAUGCAGGGAAGUCCUCGCUUCUCCGGGCCAUUUCAAACGCGAGACCCACCGUGGCUUCCUACCCGUUCACCACCUUAAAGCCCCACGUCGGGAUUGUUCACUGUGAGGACCACCAACAAAUAGCAGUGGCCGACAUCCCGGGCAUCAUCCGGGGCGCGCACCAGAACAGGGGCCUGGGAAGCACCUUCCUCAGGCACAUCGAGCGCUGCCGCUUCCUCUUGUUCAUCGUGGAUCUUUCGGAGCCAGAGCCGUGGACCCAGGUGGAGGACCUGAAGUUCGAGCUGGAGAAGUAUGAAGCGGGCCUGUCCGAGCGACCCCAUGUGGUCGUGGCGAAUAAGAUCGACCUCCCUCAGGCCAGAGCUGCUCUGCCCCAGCUGCGGGCCCGCCUGGGACCAAGCACCGUCAUCGCCCUGUCGGCGGCCACCGGGGAGAACCUGGAGGAGCUGCUGCUGCGCCUGCAGGAGCUCCACAGCCGGCACGUGGCCGCCGAGUUCAGGUGGUAGCAGCCAGACUGCCACCGCCGGCGACCGACCCAGUGUCACGGGCUCUGAGCAGAAAGUAGCCUUAAAGGAUCGACAGUGUCACUGCUUUGCCUCCCACCGUCCCUGGGGCUCACCCGCCAGCAAACGUCCCAGGACCUCGGACGACGCACCCCCGACAGCCUGCUCCCUGGUGCCUCCCACCCUCAGUCCCCCGAUGGGCGAGGGCCCCGCAGCCACCACGUUGCGGCUGAGCGGGCCCGACCUGGGUGAGCUGAAUAGGAGUCCGCACCUGGGACCCCGAGGGGAGGCGCAGGCUCCCUGACACCUGGAGGUCGGCCCGUCCUCCAGAGGGUCGUGAGUGCGCGGGGACAGGGAGCGAGAAAAGCAGGGGCGACGCCCCCUCCUGUUGCCAGACUCUGCUGUCCUCGGGAGCCGCUGGCUUCACGACUGAAUGCACCCAAUAUCCGACCCGGGCCGCGUGCGGUUAUUAACUGAGGGCGCAGACUUGUGUUUCCCCCACAUGAAGUCUGAGGCUUCGGGCUCAUCCCUGGGGGCCCUUAAGGGACGAGGUGGCUGGGGACCUGGGGCAAGCCGGGGAAGGGAUUCUGGGCCCCUUGGUGCUUAGUCCCGGGGGCCUGGCCGCGGGGGGCGCUGGGGGGCCGGGCCUGCCUCCGAGGAGGAGCUUGCGCCUGAGCUUUGGGGAGCAAUUCUGUUUUGAUCUAGCGUCAAAUCUGCAACUACAACAAGAGUCCUUUGCCUGAAGCUUUAUUUUAAUGCCUUAUAAUUUCCGAGGUCCUUGUGUUCUGGAAACCAGAGAUGGGUUUUGCAAUCUCUUUGCUCUCUCCGGGGCCGCCACAAAGGAUUUCGGAGAGCCGGUUAAUUAUCCUGGCCUUUCAUCUCCCGCCGCCCCGCACCGCUGCGCGCAGGGACGACACUGGGUGUCUCCCUGCGUCUGCCCUGUGCUCGGCUGUGCCCCGGCGGCCUCAGGACCUGACCCAGAAGAGGUUCUGGGAAAUAUUGCUGGAAUGAAGAAAGGAAUGGUG